UGUCAUCCUUCGACAAGGCUCGGUGACACGAGCACUCUAUAUUUCUCGACACCAGCCCUACGGAAAAAGAGCAUGACACGACACGAUUCGACCAUGCGCCUCCUCCUACCGGUUAGCUUUGCCUGCGUUUUUCCUGGCGAAUUGCGGGCCGUCCUGCGCCACCGUGAACGCGAAUGGAAGGCGCGGCAUAUAAAAAGACGGCGGCUGAACCCUGGCAGUCUCAUCUACAGCAGCAAUGGCCUCCGGCACUACUUCUUCGACUACUCCCAAGCUCUUCACGCCGGUGACGCUCGGCAGCGUCACCAUGCCUAACCGAAUUUUUAUGGCGCCGAUGGCACGUAAUAGGUCGUCGGACACCGUUCCCAACGACAUCAUGCGGGAGUACUACGUGCGGCGCGUACGAGGCGGCGCGGGGCUGAUCGUGACCGAGGCGAGUCUCGUCAGCAGGCAGGGGACGGAAUGGCAGGACUCGCCGGGAAUUUGGAACACUGAGCAGAUGGAGGGAUGGAAAAAGAUCGUUGAUGCGGUGCAUGAGGAGGGUGGGCGCAUAUUUUGUCAGAUCAUGCACACCGGGCGUGCAUCUCAUCCCGACGCACCACAUCAGAUCGCUUCGGGAGAGCCUGUGUGGGCCCCAUCGGCCGUCCGUGCCGCAGGGGGAAAGUUCCGAUUCAUACCUGGAGUACCGGGUUAUGCGAUGCCGACCGAGAUCCCAGAUCCAUGGAAGAUGGUCGAACUGUUCAGAAUUGCGGCACUCCAUGCCAAAGAAGCCGGGUUUGAUGGUGUUGAAGUGCACGGUGCGAGCGGGUAUCUUAUCACCCAAUUCCUGGAUCCCAGCGUCAACAAACGCACGGACGAGUGGGGCGGCAGCCCAGAAAACCGCGCGCGGUUCCCUCUUGAAAUCCUGAAGGCCGUACGCAAAAUCUGGGGCCCGAACGUCGGAUUCAAGAUCAAUCCUGCCGGGGGAUACAACGACGUGGGCUUCCCGCUCGAAGAAACGAUCACAUCCUUCGGCUAUCUCCUUUCCGAAGUCGACAAGCUCGGGCUGGCGUACGUCUGCAUCCUGCGCUACCUCGACCUCUUCGACCCCGCCAAACGCGGGACGCCGCACGAUGUGUGGGAGAUCUACGCGCCGUAUCUGAAGAACACGCCGCUGAUCCCCAACGGCGGGAUCACCCCUGAGCAGGCUCUCGAGUGGGUCGAGAGCGGGAAGUUCCCGGCUGUGUCCAUCGGCAUCCCGUGGAUGUCGCACCCGGACUUGGGACGCCGGAUCCGGGCGGGGAAGCCGCUCGACAACAAGCUGGACGGGCCGCAUGUUUAUGGGGGUGCUUUCGAGCCGUCGAUCGGGUACUUGGACUAUCCGGAGGCAACAUACGAUUAGAUUAGAACCCGGUGUUUUCGAGUCAGUCGAUAGCGCACAACGAUCAUUUAGACGAGAAUCUCGCUCCACAGUUUCUUCACUGCCAUCAAUUAUUGCCGAGUGCGAUUGAAGCGCCCUCUCCACCCACCCCACUUGUUGUUGUCCAGGUGGAGAGCAUCGCUCGGGAGCAGUCGCUGUCAUGCCAGGUCUCAAGCCCUCUGACAUAUCCCUGAAGGCUCCCCUUGACAUGGCAAACCCAACACUAGGGACCGGAGGAUCCGAAUAGCACUUUCACCUUCUGCUGCGUGAGCGCCGGUAUUUUGAAAGACCCGCAGCAUCAUCAACUGGGUAUCACGGUCUGAGAUACGUUCUGCCCUGUGAGGAUGGAAUAUCAGUCGGAUGACCUCAUCCAUGCUCCAGCGGGCAGGUCUGAUGCAUUCAUCCUCCAAGCUAGGACAACCAGUCAGAGCCUCGUGCGCCGGACGAAUGAUUCCUGGCGUCAGAUCCAAGGGCCAGCACUCUGUCUCAUUCAUAGAUCAUGGAGGCGGAGAUGCCACAGCAACUGCGCAGUGCAUCUGGAACAGAGCGACGAUAGGCACGGCAAUGGUUACGCUCGACCCUGAAUCAGUCAUCAUUCCUGGAGCACGGAUUGCGACGCUAUCCUAAUUUCUGGGCGGGAGGGGUUCCGAUGAGCGAUGAACGAGCAAAUCGGUCCACAACUAUCGAAUAGCAAGCGGAGCAGCGUGACUUCGUAGUCCAAUAUGCACUCGAAGAACAAAGGAAGCACAGUAAACAUUCGGUGGAGCAAAACAACGAGAGGCCAAGAGCGGAAGAGAUGUUGAUGAUGAUGUGGUUGCGGGCCCCAGGAAUGCGACCGAGUCGAGAAAGAACAAGACGAGUGCUCCGUGCAAAAGAAGCGGCGAAACGCGGACAACGGCAUGCACGUUGGAGCGUUGUAAACUGCAGGACAGAUGCAAGGGGAGGAGACCAUGGCGGCCCGAUGCUGCUUCUCCUGUACCCAUUGCUCGACCGGUGUAGCAACGAGAGCGCAUGGCAAGCUUAGCACGAGACUCGUGAAACAGAGAGCGUUGCGUGUGAUGAGGGAUGAGAAUGAAGGAGAGAAGAUAGCGACGGGAGGUGGAUCCGUCGUCGCCGUGCCGUUACUCGAUCUUGCGCGCUGGUGUGGGAUCCGGCUGUGCACGCGAUGGUCUGGGUACCCAAAUCGAGGUUCAGCGCGUGAGCAUUCGAUCAAAAGUGCAGGGACAACACCGAAGAAGAGACCAGCCGAAGUGAAACACAUAAGAGCUGGCAUGGCUCUAAAAGGCAGGGGACGCCCAAAUAUCGGCUGGCCACCUCUCCGGCGGCCCUUUGGUCGUAAUUUUGGCGCUCCGUAGAUAUCCGUGCCCCAGAUAUUGUCGCGGCUAGCCAGCUCGUGCUCCAGAUUUGAUUUUGAGCCUGUCGUAUAGUCAACACGAGCAAGUGGGUGGCCUUCGUAGCCAGCAUCGCCUUCCAGAAGCGAUCAUCAUCCUCGAUAUGUAUCCGCUUCAUUGCACGGUCCACAGCCACAUAGCACUUGGCUCGUCCAUCCGCGAUUCAGAAUCAGACAUAUGUAGCUGAAUACACCGUAGAGGGUACGACUCAGGAUAAGCUCGGGCGGAACAAAGAUUGACCGGCUGUGCAGUCCAGUGCGCGGUUCCAGCAGAUUGGUGGACAUCCUCAGCCGUUCGUGAGUGUCGUGUCCAGGAGGUACGGGUAUAUCAAAUGGCUGUCGUAGAAUGUCCUUGGACGAAUGUACUGUUACUGUACAAGUGGUGAUGGUCUCGUUCAAAGUACAAGAAUGGUAGUCGACAAAACAAGUCAGCAUCAGUGAUGCCCUCUUCCAGCACUUCUUCAUCCUCACCCAGUGCAGUCGGGCCGUUCCUGUCGGCGCACAGACGUACUCGUCCUACGGGACCAGUGAUCCCCUGUCUCCCUUUCACAAUGUAGAACAAUCCCUCAAGUCGCAAAACUAUGCCGCAACAGCCCGUUGGCCUGGCCACUCGUUCUUCCAAAAGCGAUGGUUCUCGUCCACGAACGCGCGCACCUGCGUCUCGUCGACCUUACACCGCCGGACGACCCCAUCCCCCUUCUCUCGCCCCGUCGCCUCGUCGACCGGGAUGAGCGUCGUGUCGGCGCGACACAGGAGCGCCUGCCGCAGGAAGUCGAAGCAGUGGUUCGCGUGCCCGAACGACGCGGCCUUCUCCGCGUCGGUCUUGAAGUAGCCCUUGCGCGCGGCGUUGUAUGCGAACCGGACGCCGUUGACGCAGUGCAGCUGGUGGUACAUCGAGACCGCGAACGCCGUGCCGUUCGGCCCCAGGCGCACGAACCCGGAGUGGGGGGGCACGAUGGUCGCCCAUUUGUGGUCGUCGGAGACGGGGAAGUUGGGAUCUGGGAGCGCGAAGGCGGUGGUUGCCGGUGAGAAUGGGAUAGGGAUCUCGCUGACUUCGAUUUCUGGAGCGCCGGAGCGCUGUGAUCGAAGGUCCUCUCGCUCAAUCGUGAGCGGGACCAGGCCGUGAUGACGAGGAAGACGUUGACGAUGCAUGAUAUGCAUGCGAGCGUCAAGAGGAUGGGGGAGCGGACGGGCAUGGGAGCAGAUAGAUAGAUGUACGAGCAGAUCUAAUCAGUGGCAUGCCAUCCCUUCUAAUGGCUGUGUAGUUUGAGCAGAUCUUCUCCCGAUGUCACCAUUUCUAGAACGCUACGCUACAGUCCUAUGCGAUUGCCAUCCCGGUAGAAUUUGGCGCCUCGGGCUGUUCUCGGCCUUUGGAAUCCUCAUCAUGCAUUCAUUUCGUUCUACUCUG